CUCCCACCCUUUCGCAUCUUUCUCUGCUUCCCUGUCACUGUUACUCCGGGAGACGUUCACUUUUCACCAACCUUUCUACAAGCAUCUCCAAGCCACUGACUAUAUAUAUUUUGCCACAAGGUAAAGGAAGGAGGGGGUGGGAGUGGGAAAUGUAACCAAGCCUUGAAAGACUUUGAAACUGGAAAUAGGUGCCUGUUUAUACAACAUACAAGUAAAUGAGGGAAGAGGAAGAGGCAAGCUUAGCCCCGAGUUACAGUAUUGUGUUCCUGGGAACUGGGGAGACAUCAGCUGAACAAAGCCUUAUCUCAAAAAAAAAAAAAAAAAAAAAAAAAAAAAUCACUUCUGAGCAAGAUCGCAUCUCUGCUUUGCACUUCCCAGUUUCUGCUCAGCCGUAUUAAGGGAAGGAAAGGCGUCCUACAGGAGCGGAAUCUUAUCUUAACCAUCUUUCUUAUUGAUUCUUCCGCUAUUAGAAAGUGGCGGAAUCAGCCCUUUGAUGUGAUUGUGUUUAUCUCUGCAUCUCUUUUGUUGUUUAUAGAGACCUAGAAGAGGAAAAGAGAAACGAGACUUUUCAACACAUCGUUUUAAAAAAAAAUCAACAACGAAUUCCGCGAAAUGUUUGAGAAGAAUUAAAAGGAAAAGGCGUUUUUGAUCUAUCAACUAAGUGAACAAUCAUUCACAUCGUCCGCAACCUGAGAUAUUAUCUUCCCUCGCUGUGGACAGUAGCAAGAUGACAGCUGCUUUUUCAUUUUUGAAUGUAAUAAAUAUUUGCUGCUUCUAAUAUAUUUCGGAAUUUCUCCCCGCUAUUCCUUGGGAUUUUAACUCUAAAAGAUUGGAGAAAAGAUUAUCGAAAAGGCUUUUCCAAGCCUCCAAAAUGAUGCUGAGCCCGGACCAAGCCGCCGACUCGGAUCACCCCAGCUCGGCGCACUCGGACCCGGAGUCGCUGGGCGGCGCGGACGCCAAGGUGCUGGGCAGCGUGUCGGACCUGGAGCCGGUGGAGGAGGCCGAGGGCGACGGCAAGGGCGGCAGCCGAGCCUCACUCUACCCGCACCCGCAGCAGCUGAGCCGCGAGGAGAAGCGCCGCCGCCGGCGCGCCACGGCCAAGUACCGCUCGGCCCACGCCACCCGAGAGCGCAUCCGCGUGGAGGCCUUCAACCUGGCCUUCGCCGAGCUACGCAAACUGCUGCCCACGCUGCCCCCGGACAAGAAGCUGUCCAAGAUCGAGAUCCUGCGCCUGGCCAUCUGCUACAUCUCCUAUCUCAACCACGUCCUGGACGUGUAGGGCCGGGGUCGCGACGGGGGGCCUCCUGGCCGGCCGUGGGUGAAACG